GUUAGAGGAUAAAAGGAGGAUGCUGCGGGGCCAUAGUCUACUUUAGUAGCAGAAAAGGAUCAGGAUAAUGAGGGGGCCUCUGCUGCUGCUGCUGCUGGCCGCUCUGGCCUUAGCUUCCCUGACUUCUCUGGCUGAUGGAGCUCAGCUGCAAGUGAUGUCUGCCCCCAACUUGUUGCGGGUGGGAACAGCAGAAAACGUCUUUGUGGAGUGUCAAGACUGCAGCGGAGGAGACCUUAGGGUUGACAUCAAUGUGAUGAACCAUCCAACCAAAACCAAAAGGCUGGCAACAACAGCUGUGACCCUUAACAGUGCAAAUAACUUCCAGCAGCUUGGGAAAAUAAUGAUCCCUGCUGGAGACUUCAGUAAAGAUCCCAGCAUGAAGCAGUAUGUAUACCUACAAGCUCAGUUCCCCGACCGAUUGCUGGAGAAAGUCGUUAUGGUGUCCUUCCAGUCUGGUUACAUCUUCAUUCAGACUGAUAAGACCCUUUAUACACCCAACAGCAAAGUUUAUUUCAGGAUGUUUGCACUGACACCCCAGAUGGAGCCUGUAGAGAGGAACGAUGAAGCCCAAACUGAUGCUUCCAUUGCCAUUGAGUUUGUGACACCUGAUGGCAUCGUUUUACCGCUUGAUACAUUCUCUCUAAAAUCAGGUAUCCACUCUGGAGAGUUCCAGCUUGGUGAAAUUGUUAGCACUGGAGUGUGGAAGGUGGUGGCCAAGUUCCACAGCAACCCACAGCAAACCUAUUCUGCAGAGUUCGAGGUCAAAGAGUACGUUCUUCCCAGUUUUGAGGUAAAACUGACACCAGUAUCUAAAUUCUUCUAUGUGGACAGCCGAGACCUCACCAUCAACAUCAAAGCUACGUAUCUGUUUGGUGAAGACGUGGAUGGAACAGCCUAUGUGGUAUUUGGGGUUAUCAAAAAGGACCAAAGUAAGCAGAGCUUUCCAGAGUCUCUUCAAAGAGUGCCGAUUGAAGCCGGUGAAGGAGUGGUGGUACUGAAAAGGGAGCACAUUACAAGGGCUGAGAAUAACAUCAAUAACCUUGUGGGGGGCGCCAUAUUUGUAUCUGUCAGUGUGCUGACGGAGAGUGGUAGUGAAAUGGUGGAAGCUGAACUGAGAGGUAUCCAGAUUGUCACAUCACCGUAUACCAUCCACUUCAAACGAACUCCAAAAUAUUUCAAGCCAGGAAUGUCCUUCGAUGUUGCGGUUGAAGUCUUAAAUCCUGAUGAAACUCCAGCAGAACGUGUUCCAGUAGUAGUUAAUCCUGGUGCGGUCAGGGGGAUCACUGCAGCUAAUGGCAUGGCACGGCUUACCAUCAAUACCGGGGGAAAUGACCAACAGCUGAUAAUCACUGCAAAGACCAAUGAUCCUAUACUCACAGACGACAGACAAGCUUCAGCAGAGAUGAGGGCUAAUCCAUACAGGAGCAACAGCAACAGUUUUAUCCAUAUAGGCAUGGAUACAGCCGAGCUGACAUUAGGAGACAACCUAAAAAUCAACCUCAAUCUCAACAAGCCAUCAGGUCAAAAUCAAGAUAUCACUUAUCUCAUCCAGAGCAGAGGUCAGGUAGUGAAAUAUGGCCGUUACAAUGCAAGAGGCCAACAACUGAUUUCCCUGAUUGAACCAAUCACCAAAGAAAUGCUGCCAUCGUUCCGGAUCAUAGCUUACUACCAUCCAAGUCCUACUGAAGUGGUAUCAGACUCUGUUUGGGUGGAUGUAAAAGACACCUGCAUGGGCACUCUGAAACUGGAGUCAGCAAGACCUGCUGCAGUCUAUGAACCUCGCAAGAUGCUUAGUCUGAAAAUCACAGGAGAUCCAGAAGCCACAGUGGGACUGGUUGCAGUUGACAAAGGCGUCUACGUCCUGAACAACAAGCACCGCCUGACACAGAAAAAGGUGUGGGACAUAGUAGAAAAGUAUGACACAGGCUGCACCCCAGGUGGAGGAAAGGACAGUAUGAGUGUCUUCUUUGAUGCUGGGCUGUUGUUUGAGACAAACACUGCUUCUGGGACUGCAUAUAGACAAGAAAUGAAAUGUGAGCCCGCUAACAGGAAGAAACGUAACGCUGCUACACUGGACGUCAGAACCAGCUUAUUAAAAAAUUAUACAGACCAAUUAGAAAGUGAGUGCUGUUUGGAUGGCAUGAGGGAAACCCCCCUUUCAUACACCUGUGAGGUACGCAGCGAGUACAUUGUGGAUGGUCCAACCUGUCGUGAUGCUUUCCUGCACUGCUGCAAGGCAGUGGAAAAUCUUCGAGCAGAGAAGAGGGAGGAAAAACUCAAGCUGGCUCGCAGUGAGGGAGAAGACAACAGUUUCAUGGACAGCACUGAUAUUAUUACUCGCACCAAUUUCCCUGAAAGUUGGCUGUGGUCAGAUAUUAAACUGCCACCUUGCCCAGGAAACGCACCUAACUGUGCCACGACAUCAGCUGAGAAAAGGGUUCCUUUGCAAGAUUCAAUCACAACCUGGCAGUUCACUGCCAUUGGUCUGUCAAGAACUCACGGAAUCUGUGUUGGCGAUCCAUUUGAGGUCAUUGUCAGGAAGGAUUUCUUCAUUGAUCUCAGGCUGCCUUAUUCUGCUGUCCGUGGAGAACAAAUAGAAAUUAAAGCAAUCCUCCACAACUACAGCCCUGAUGUAAUUACUGCACGUGUGGAGUUGUUUGAGGAGGCACACGUGUGCAGCUCAGCCUCCAAACGUGGGAAGUAUACUCAGCUGGUCACCGUUGGGGCCCAGACUACACGAUCGGUACCCUUCAUCAUUAUUCCCAUGAAAGAGGGAGAGCGGCGCAUUGAGGUUAAAGCAGCUGUCAGGGACUCAUUUCUCAACGACGGAGUCAUGAAGAAGCUGCGGGUGGUGCCUGAAGGUGUACUGGUUAAACAGCCACAGAUCAUAACUCUAGAUCCUGUUAAGAAAGGAGAAAAUGGUGUACAGAAGGAAGUUCUCAACAGUAGAAUUCCCAAGAGCACUUUGGUUCCAAACACACCUACUAGCACACAGAUCUCUGUGACAGGGAGAGAACAAUUGCCUCAUCUGCUGGAGAACGCCAUUAGUGGUACCUCAAUGGGUUCUCUAAUCACACAACCAGCAGGCUGUGGAGAGCAGAACAUGAUCAGAAUGACCCUGCCUGUUAUUGCAACCUUGUAUUUAGACAGAACCAACCAGUGGGAAACUGUGGGCUUUGGGAAACGCAAUGAAGCCCUCCAACAUAUAAAAACUGGCUACACAAACGAGUUGGCCUACCGUAAAGCAGAUGGGUCUUUUGCUGCAUUUAUGUCCCGCCCAACUAGCACCUGGCUGACUGCCUAUGUCGCCAAGGUGUUUGCAAUGGCCCAUAAUCUGAUUGCAAUACAAAGUAAUGUGAUCUGUGAUGCUGUCAAGUAUCUGAUUCUGAAAGGACAACAACCUGAUGGCGUUUUUAAAGAAUUUACAGCUGUAAUCCAUGGAGCGAUGACUGGUGAUGUGGCCGGCUUAGAUUCAGAUGCCUCCAUGACAGCCUUCUGCCUCAUUGCCAUGCAGGAAUCACGUGGAAUAUGUUCUGAGACAGUCAAUAGUCUGCCAGGCAGUAUAGAAAAAGCAGUGGGUUACCUGGAGAAGCGCCUGCCCAGCCUCACCAACCCCUAUGCUGUGGCAAUGACAUCAUAUGCACUGGCCAAUGAAAACAAACUGAACAAAGAGAUCCUCUACAAGUUUGCUUCCCCAGCGCUUUCUCACUGGCCUGUACCUAGGGGACAUAUUUACACCCUGGAGGCCACAGCUUAUGCUCUUCUCGCUCUUGUCAAGACCCAGAACUUUGAAGAUGCCAGACCUGUUGUGAGAUGGUUCAACCAACAACAGAAGGUGGGCGGAGGAUAUGGAUCAACUCAGGCUACUAUAAUGGUCUAUCAGGCUGUAGCAGAGUACUGGAUCAAUGCUCAAGAACCAAACUAUGAUCUGAAUGUGGACAUCAAGUUGCCAGGAAGGUCAGCGCCUGACAAGUUCAACUUCAACAAGGAUAACCACUAUGCCACAAGAACAUCUAAAGUUAAUGAUAUAAACCAGGACAUCUCAGUGACUGCUAGCGGAACAGGAGAAGCAACAGUGACAUUGGUGUCACUGUAUUACGCUAAGCCCAAAGAAAAGGAGAGUGACUGCCAGGACUUUACCCUCUCAGUAGAACUCCAACCAGAGACAGAAGAAAAUACAUACAAGCUUAGAAUACAGGUUAGGUAUAACAACAGGGAUCGUGAUGCAGGCAUGUCAAUCCUAGAUAUUGGCUUGCUAACUGGCUUUGCUGCUGAAACUAAAGACCUGGAUUUGUUGUCUAAAGGACGUGGCCGCACCAUAGCAAAAUAUGAGAUGAACAAAGUCCUGUCAGAAAGAGGCUCACUCAUCAUUUACAUGGACAAGGUUUCUCACACACGAAAUGAGGAAAUUGCCUUUAGGAUCAAACAGGAAAUGGCAGUGGGCGUCUUACAACCCGCAGCUGUGUCUGUCUAUGAAUACUAUGAACAAACACGUUGUGUGAAAUUCUACCAUCCACAGAGGGAGGCUGGCAAACUACUGCAGCUCUGUAGAGAUAAUAUAUGCACAUGUGCUGAAGAGAACUGCAGUAUGCAGAAGAAGGAAAAAAUCAGCAAUGAUGAACGUCAAGUUAAGAUUUGUGAGAGUACAGAGACCAGCAAAGUAGACUUUGCAUACAAAGUUCUGGUGGAAGACUUUAUAGAAGAAUUAUCCACAGAUACUCAUAAAGUCCAAGUAGUGGAUGUCGUCAAAGAAGGGAAUGUUGAUGUCGGUCCAGGGAAUGGACGUCGCACAUUUCUCAGUUAUCAACACUGCAGAGAAGCUUUAAAUCUGUCAAAGGGCAAAACCUACCUUAUCAUGGGCUCAGAUAAAGAUAUUCACCGAGAUGACAAAGGGAAUACGUUCGAGUAUGUACUUGGUGAGAAAACCUGGGUUGAGUACUGGCCUACAAACGAUGAAUGUCAGACUGAUAAAUACCGGGAUACCUGCUUGGGCUUGGAGGAGAUGGUCAAUCAGUACUCAGUCUUUAACUGCAUUGGGUAGUAACACUAAAGAAAAUAUAACAUUUUCAAAUUGUGUUGUUUUGCAUUACAUUUCUCUAUAAAACAGUAACUGAUAUGACAUAAGAGUUCAUCAUUACACUGUGAUGAUUAAAAUGUAAUGGUACUGAC